AAUAUAUCUGAUUCACUUGUUAAGAUGGCCGUAUCAAUACCAUGUGAAUUUAACAGGAAGCCUAGAAGCUUAAACGAGAUAAAAAGGUGGAAGGCCACAGAGUUUAGACAAUUUUUAUUUUACACUGGACCAUUAGUACUUAAAAAUAAUUUAAGUGGUGACAGAUAUUUAAAUUUUCUUUCCCUUCAUAUUGCCUUAAUAAUUUUGUCAAGUGAGAGAUAUUUUAUUCAUAUUCAGUAUGCAUCAUAACUGUUAAAGUAUUUUGUGGUAACAUUUAAGACUUUGUAUGGUUCAGAAAAUAUAUCUCAUAAUGUUCACAACUUGUUACAUCUUACAGAAGAUGUCAAAAAUCAUGGUCCAGUAGAUAAUUUUAGUGCAUUCCCGUUUGAAAAUUUUUUACAAAGCAUUUUAAAAUCAAUUCGAAAGAGUGACAAACCUUUACAGCAAAUAAUUAAAAGGCAUACAGAGCAGACAAAAUUUAAUAUCAUUAAUAAGGAAGAUCUCAAAAAAUAUCCUAUGCCUAAAGAUGAACAUUUUAACAUACCUUUAAUAAAUAAUAUAAAUAUUUCCAGACAGUUUAAAAGCAUUGUUUUUAAAAACUAUAUUCUUAAGACAGUUUUUCCAGAUAACUGUUGCCGUUUAAGUAACGGAAAUAUAAUAUUAGUAAAAGAUAUAGUAUUAAUAGAUAAAUACAAAAUUGUUGGUCUUAAAUACAAUAGUUUAUAUCAAAAUCCAUGUGAAUCAACAGAUUUUGGAAUUUGUAUGGUGCAGGUUGAUAGUGUGAGUCCACUUGAAAUUUUUGAUUUAGACAAAGUGGAUUGCAAAUGUGUCCAAAUAGAACAUAAUUCUAAUAUUGUCAUAUUUCCAUUAUUACAUACUCAGUAGGUAAUUUUAGUUUUUAGAUAAGAGGUGGCAGGAACUUUUUAUGUAACUUUUGUCAUUUAAAAUUGCAGCUUUUUAGGAAGUAUUUAUAAGAGGGUCACUCUGAUAUGCAUAAUAUUUACAAGUAUUUGCUUUAAAAAGUUUCUAGUCUACAUUUUUUGCAUAACCAUGUUUUAUUGUUAAACAUGUAUAAAUUCAGCAUUAUCAAUUUUAAACUAACAGUUUAAGAAUUAAGUGAAUUGUGCCAAUGGGCCUUGAGAGGCCUAAGUGAAGUGAGGGUUAACCCACCCUCCACACGUUACAGAUUCAGACAAGUGAAUUGUGCGG